AUGAAGCGAAUCCUGCUGAUCGGAGGGUCGGAUAGCUCUGGUGGAGCUGGCGUUGAAGCGGACCAAAAAGUGGUGGCUUCACAUGCUUGCUAUGCCAUGACCGCGACUGCCGCGUUAACGGCACAGAACACCCAGGGCGUUUACGACAUUCACCAAACACCCUCGGAUUUUGUGGAGAAGCAAAUCAAUGCUUGCAUUGAGGACAUUGGCGUCGAUGUCCUCAAGACAGGCAUGCUGGCAUCGGCUCAGACCGUUUCGGUUGUCGCUGAUGCCAUACGGAAACAUAAUAUUGCUACCACAGUGAUUGAUCCUGUCAUGGUUGCAACCAGUGGCGCCCAGCUUCUGCCAGAGUCCGCAGUCAACACGUUAUGCUCUGAGCUGUUGCCGGUCACGACAGUCUUGACACCCAACAUUCCUGAAGCCAAUCUCAUGCUCAAAAAAGCAGGUAAAGACGCUAUCGACAUCCAGGAUCUCGAUGGCCUAAAAUCACUAGCAGCUGCAGUCCACUCGUUGGGUCCCAAAAACGUGCUUUUGAAAGGCGGCCAUCUCCCGCUUUCCUCAGACUACAACGUUGCAAAAUCAGAGGAUAACAAGAAGAUUGUCUGCAACAUUCUCUUCACCAGCGAUUCGAUAGACGUCAUCGAAUUUCCCUACCAGAAGUCUGAGAACACCCACGGCACCGGAUGCUCCCUGGCUUCUGCUCUUGCUUGCAACCUCGCGCUUGGCCAUGAUUUGGUGCACUCCGUCGUCGCUGCAAGCCGCUACGUGGAUGCCGGCAUCAAAUCUGCUGUCAAGCUUGGUCACGGAUCUGGACCCAUCAAUCACUUUCACUCCCUUCAGGUCCUGCCUUUCCCGCCGGGCGGCUUUGUGGAUUACCUUCUCGACAGGAAAGACGUACAGCCGGCGUGGUACGACUUCACACACCACGAAUUUGUUGAGCAGAUGGGCGCUGGCACGCUCGAUCCAAAAGCUUUCAAAUACUACAUGAUUCAGGACUACCUUUACCUAAUCCACUUUGCCCGAGCCAAUGCACUAGCUGGAUACAAGGCUAAGAAUAUGGACGACAUCGCCGGCGCAGCAGCGAUUGUAACGCAUAUCAAGAACGAGACUGAGCUGCACAUCAAUGAAUGCAAGGACUUUGGACUGACUGUAGAAAUGAUGGAGAAGUACGAGGAGUCUCAAGCUUGCACAGCUUACACGAGAUAUGUGCUCGACAUCGGACAGUCGGAGGACUGGCUUGCGCUGCAGAUCAGUCUCCUGCCGUGUUUGCUGGGAUAUGGCAUGAUCGCGAGGAGAUUGAAGAAAUUGCAAGAGACAAAUCCACCAAAGACACCGAAUCGAUACCUGACGUGGAUCAACAACUAUGUUGCGGAAGACUAUACAGCGGCGGUGACGAAGGGCUGUGAAUUGAUCGAGAAACAUGCUUUUAAGCAGUCGCCCUACCGGGUUGAGGAGCUUGUGAAGAUUUUCAUUCAUGCGACGAAGAUGGAGACUGGAUUCUGGGAGAUGGCUUCGGCGCCGGAAGCUGGGAAGCAGGCGAAGAGCGAGUCUGGGCUCAGAAACACACAUCAUAGCCACGUUCGGUGGUGA